AUGAUCGGCCAGUUCUGGGCUUCCUAUCUUUUCCCGCUGAUCCUAGUGGGCUUCGUUCAGCCGAGCCCGAACCAGGAGAAAAUGAAGAUGGAUUGCUACCAAGGGGUGACAGGUACCAUCUAUGAGUAUGGAGCCCUUACUCUCAAUGGCGAGGAAUAUAUCCAGUUCAAGCAGUAUACGGGCAAACAUGUCCUCUUUGUCAAUGUGGCUACCUACUGAGGCCUGACAGCUCAGUAUCUUGAACUGAAUGCACUACAAGAGGAACUGAAGACUUUUGGUCUAGUUGUGUUGGGCUUUCCCUGUAACCAGUUUGGAAAACAAGAACCAGGCAGGAACUCAGAGAUCCUUUCUGGACUCAAAUACGUCCGUCCAGGUGGUGGCUUUGUCCCCAAUUUCCAGCUCUUUGAGAAAGGGGAUGUGAAUGGAGAGAAAGAACAAAAGGUCUUUACUUUCCUGAAGAACUCCUGCCCUCCCCCCUCUGAGAUUUUGGGCUCACCAAGGCAACUCUUUUGGGAGCCCAUGAAGAUCCAUGACAUCCGCUGGAACUUUGAGAAGUUCCUGGUGGGACCUGAUGGAGUCCCUGUCAUGCGCUGGUACCACCAGGCUCCAGUCCACAUAGUCAAGUCCGACAUCCUGGAGUACCUGAAACAGUUUGAAACCCAGUAG